AAUGGCAGCUAGAGGGUCACGCUUCUCCCGACAAAGGCAAGUGCUAUUUCUGUUUCUGUUCGGGGGUCUGUGUUCGGCAGGUUCUAUGUUUGGACCUUAUUCAGUAACUGAGGAAACAGAAAGGGGAUCAUUUGUGGCGAAUCUGGCAGAGGAUCUGGGGCUAGAGGUGGAAACCCUGGCUGCAAAGAGAACUAGGGUGGCAUCUGAUGACAACAAGCAGCAUUUGCUCCUGGAUUUUCACACUGGAAAUUUGCUCACAAAUGAGAAACUGGAUCGAGAGAAGCUGUGUGGCUCCACAGAGCCCUGCAUACUGUAUUUCCAAAUUUUAAUGGAUAACCCCUUUCAGAUUUACCGGGCUGAGCUGAGAAUCGUGGAUAUAAAUGACCACUCACCCUCAUUCCAGGACAAAGAGAUGAUUUUAAAAAUACUAGAAAACACAGCUGUAGGAACAGCAUUUCGCUUAGAGAGAGCACUAGACUCAGAUGGAGGACGUAAUGGCAUCCAAAACUAUACCAUCAGCCCCAAUUCUGUUUUUCAUAUUGCAAUUCAUGGCAAUGAUGAAGGGAUGAUAUAUCCAGAGCUUGUGCUAGAUAAGCCUCUAGAUUGGGAGGAGGAGCAGGAGUUCAGUUUAACACUCACAGCAUUUGAUGGAGGGACUCCACCCAGGUCCGGAACAGCCACUAUACAAAUUCUGGUCAUGGACAUCAAUGAUAAUGCCCCACAGUUUUCCCAGGAACUUUAUCAAACCCAGGCUCCAGAAAAUAGCCCAAUAGGACUUCCUAUUGUUAAAGUCUCUGCAGAAGAUGUUGAUUCAGGAGUCAAUGCAGAAGUAUCCUAUUCAUUUUUUGAUGCCUCCGAAGAUAUUCGAGAAACCUUUCAAAUCAACCCUUUCUCUGGGGAAAUCGUGCUCAAAGCCGUGCUUGAUUAUGAGAUGGUGAAGUCCUAUAAGUUAAAUAUACAGGCAGCUGAUGGUGGGGGCCUUUCUGCUAGAUGUACGGUUUUAGUUCAUGUUUUAGACAUUAAUGACAACCCUCCUGAACUGACCAUAUCAUCACUUGUCAAUGAAGUUGUUGAAAACUCCCCCGAAACUGUGCUGGCAGUUUUUAGGAUUAACGACAGAGACUCUGGAGAAAAUGGAAAGACCGUUUGCUAUAUUCAAGAAAAUCUGCCCUUCGAUCUAAGACGGUCUGUAGAUAAUUUUUACAUCCUGAUGACAGAAGGAGCUCUGGACAGAGAGAGCAGAGCUAAGUACAACAUCACCAUCACAGUUACCGACCUGGGCACACCCAGACUCACAACACAGCACACCAUAACAGUGCAGGUCUCAGACGUCAACGACAACGCCCCCAACUUCACACAAACCUCCUACACCCUGUUUGUCCAGGAGAACAACAGCCCCGCCCUGCACAUAGGCACCAUCAGCGCCACAGAUUCGGACUCAGGCUCCAAUGCCCACAUCACCUACUCGCUGCUGCCCACCCAUGACCCGCAGCUGGCCCUCUCCUCGCUCAUCUCCAUCAAUGCAGACAAUGGGCAGCUGUUCGCGCUCAGGGCGCUGGACUAUGAGACCUUGCAGACCUUCGAGUUCCACGUGCGCGCCACAGACCAAGGCUUGCCAGCGCUCAGCAGCCAGGUGCUGGUGCAAGUGUUGGUUUUGGACUCCAACGACAAUGAACCCUUUGUGCUCUACCCUCAGCAGAACGCCUCUGCACCCUGCACGGAGCUGCUGCCCAGGGCGGCAGAGACAGGCUACCUGGUCACCAAGGUGGUGGCUGUGGACCGUGACUCUGGCCAGAAUGCAUGGUUGUCAUUCCAGCUGCUCAAGGCUACGGAGCCUGGGCUAUUCACCGUGUGGGCUCACAAUGGCGAGGUGCGCACCUCCAGACUCCUGAGUGAGCGCGAUGCUCCCAAGCACAGGCUGCUGCUGCUGGUCAAAGACAAUGGCGAUCCUCAGAGGUCUGCCAGUGUCACUCUGCAUGUGCUGGUGGUGGAUGGCUUCUCUCAGCCCUACCUGCCUCUGCCCGAGGUAGCGAGUGACUCUGCCCAGGAUGAGGAUGAGCUCACUCUGUACCUGGUCAUUGCCUUGGCGUGUGUCUCUUUACUAUUCCUCUUGUCUGUGUUACUGUUUGUCGGGGUGAGGCUGUGCAAGAGGGUCAGGGCGAAAGCGCUGAGGGACUGCUCUGUCGCUGAAGGACACUUUUCUAGCCACCUGGUGGAUGUCAGCGGCAUGGGCACCCUGUCCCAAAGCUACCAAUAUGAGGUGUGUCUGAUGGGAGGCUCAGGUGAUACCAGUGAUUUCAAGUUCAUGAAACCAAUUUACCCUGGUGUUCAUUCUCAUGGUUCCCAGAUCAAUGCUGAUGAAAAGCCCACAUUUUGAAGUCUCUAAUUUUGCGUAAGGUUUCAUCCCAU